CCCGUCUCUCACCCUGGAAUGCUCACUUGCUGACGUUCAUUUUGGAUAUUCCCCCUUUGGCAGCGGUGGUGGGUUGUGCCACGGUGAUACCCAGCCAAGCCCCAUCAUCUCCCAAUUGGGAAUUCUAAGCGUCAUCAUGUACGACACAAUUCGUAACAUUCUGGAGUCGCCCCUUCCGUUUGCCCAUGGAUGGCGGUUGAUCAUUUACUUUAAUUCUUUUCACCGCUUUCGACUUUGAGGUGCUUUUCUUUUUCUUCCCGUGUGCCAGAAAUCUGGGUCCAAACAUACGCAAAUUUGAUUUCAUUUCACUUGAUUCUCACCCUGAGUUCACAUUCGAAUCGGCGAAAAGGGAUUUUCGGUCCGUAGAGAUCGCGAAAAGCCAUGUCCAUCAAUACCGGUGUCCAUCUCCGGGACCUAGUCCCGGAGCCGGCAAUCACGCACCCGGACGCCAACCAGCACCAAGCCUCGAGCAUGCGCGAGGUGCCAAGUGAUUCGCACGCCCUAGCAGUCUCCGAUCCAGGCGAGAACAAGGGGGCUGCGCAGGUUGGACACAGCCAGGAGCAGCUUGUCGACUUGGGAUGGCAGAGUGACCCCAAGGAGAUACCGGACAAUCUGAUUGCCGGCAUUGACAAUGAGGACCUCUGGACGUUUGUGCGGAGGUUUGACAAGCAAGUCUUCUUCCUGAAGGAAACGUCUGAUGCUCUGGUUGGUGGAUUAGAUCUAUACCUGGCCGACGGGGCCGAGUUCUCUGCCAACAAGCUCCGCAGUCAGUUCGAGAGGCUAUACAUGGGCAUGAUAGUAGGGCUCAUUGCAUCAAUCAAACAUGUCGCCCGACUAAGGUCGUGGCGCGAACCGAGAAGAACUGGAGCCUUUUGCGCAGCAUACCUCACCGCAUGGGCACUCAACAUGCUCUACCCCCUCCUUUUCGCCUCGCUCAUCACCCUGAUCGUCUCGGAGCGCGCCCGUAGCCUUGCCUUCCCACCCGCUCCUGUGUCCCUUGUCGACAGGCACACGGGCGGUCCCACAAAGCCCGAGGCGGGCGUGCUCGGAUCCAUCGAGUCCGCGACCGGCGCCCCGGAGCAUAGCAAAGGCGAAGCGGUCGAGAACGAGGCCAGCAAUUUUGUGACGGGAGUCGCGGGAAUCGCCGUGAACACGCUGACCGCCCAAGACCCCAAGAGUCAGCCCGAUAACGAGGAGGGCGAGAAGCACAUCACCGAUGACAUGCCUGAACCAGAUGAGGCAGCCACUGCUAUUGCGUCAGCCAAGGACAAGGCAGCUGGAGUGCCGAAGCCAUCGCAGGACAAGACAAAGCAGCCCAUGGAGACGCUCAUGUGGUCCAAAAUGAGGCCGCUGCUGCACAUGAUGACGUUGACCUCGGACACGUACGAGCGAUUUGCAAACGCAUUGUCCCCGUCUCCGCCCUUUCAUCCGUACCUGCAUAGGCUGCGUCUUGCCUCAACUGUGGCGCCAUUGUUUCUCGCAUCCCUAUUUAUGUCGGCACACACAGUGAACAAAAUUGUGUCCUUCGCAUUCGGCUUUGUCUUCUUUGGUGACCCUGUCAUCACUCCUAUGACUAAUUGGCUCGACUGGGCGUACCCCAACUGGAGAAAAGUAUUGCAUAUUAACAACACACUCCUCAAAGGCGUCCCAACCAACGCACAAGUUGCCAUCACCCUCCUCCGCCAUGCUGAGGCCAACCGUUGCCCCUUACCACCUCCACCACAAAUCACCGGCCCACCGCCAAAGGAGCCGAUCGACCUGGAUGAUCCGCACGUGAUCGAAGCUGCGCCGGGCGGAGACCAGCCUCUGGCUGCCUCGGACCGGGACCUCGACGACGCGGCCGAACGCGAUGACGAAAAGUUGGAUCGCGCAGGAGGUGAGGAUCCGGAACUCACGUCGACACAGAACAAGCACAGCGGCAAGGCCAGCAAGCUUCUCGGCUUGCUCAGGGGAGGUACCAAGGCCGGGGUGAAGGCUGGCCUAGUGGUCAACAAGGCCAGGUCAAAGAUCGGGACGAACAAGGAGUCUGCCAAGAACAGGCUCGGAGCCGUGCCAGACAAGGAAGAAGGACGCAACAAACACAGUGAAGGAGGCCCGGUGAGGUUCUCUGGCCGCUGGCAGGGGAAGGAGGGGUUCAUCUGCGUGGCGUGGCAGGGCGGGGAGCCGGUGGUUUCGUUUUCGGACAUCAAGACGGCGACUGCGGCACGGCGGGCUGCAGGGGAGGAUCCAGACGGGCCUGGUUCCAAUGACGCGGAUUUAAUGCAGAUGGACCCGGCCUGGACUGUGGCCGUGGGACAGAUCACAGAGCUGAAAAAGCACGCUGGUUUUGGGGUGAAGAGCAAGCUGGCCAUUGGAUGGGCGCUGGAGCGGGACAUCAACGACGGCCUCGAGAUCAUUGACAGGUCGGGAGAGUCCAAGGUGCUGACGGCGGUACCGAAGAGGGAUGAGCUUUUUAACAGACUAUGUGCUAUGGGAGGACAGAAGUGGGAACUGUGGUAGCUGCUCUCCGUUUUUGACAGGAAGCUGGCAGUAUGGGCGAUCCGUUGCGGCGAUAUGACUUUAUGCGAUUACGGCCUUGUACAGAGAUGAGCGCUGAACCAAGUUUGAAAAAAAGGCAGAGAAUUUUGCCUGCACGAACAGUGAGCCACACAGGAUUGCCAUUGAGCUCAAGUAUGAUGCAGCAGCUUUCAUAUUUUCAAUCGAAACUCUCUUGCGAUGAUCUUGCCUGUGAAUCCGGGUAGAAGCACUUGGUCUUUUCUCUGGUAUCCUUUGCUUUGCUGCCACUUUUGUUUGAUGGUUGUGAAUUCUGGAGCGUUUUGAGAGAUGCGUUAGUCCAUGCCUUCCGGAUGCCGCCGGCCCGUACCUGGUCAAGAGUGUCAUCAGAGAGCUGUACUCACCCCCCAUGGUAGGCACGCGAUGCCCACCGGCCUCGAACUCGUUCUGCGUGAAGCCUUCCCUCUUCAAGACGGGCGAGUCGACCGUCUUGAGCACCAGAUCGUUCUGCGGCCUGGCAAAAUACAGCAGCCCCAGCCGGUCGACGUGGCGCUGGUCCUUGGGCGGCAGCGUGACCCUG